AUGUCUAGUUCAGGUAAGACCACGGCUUUGCCAUCUACUGCUGCCACCGCCACCACUACUACUACUAUUGAGGAAUCAUAUGCCGAGAUUGAAAACCCAAAUGCUUGGUAUACGCCUUUAAAGGCAAUUGCUCCAGGUGUGCAACAUUUGAGAGGUGUGUUUUUCAAAGAGCUGAAAACCCACGAUAUUCAAUUUAGAUUAAAUCAGUUGAGAAAUUUGUAUUUCGCAGUUAAUGACAAUAUUGACGCUAUUUGUGAAGCUUUGAAUAAGGAUUUCAACAGGAUUUCCAGCGAAACUAGAAAUUUGGAAAUCUUGACUGGAUUAAACGAAUUGGUUCACACCAUUGAGAACUUGCAUGAGUGGACAAAACCGGAAAAAGUCUCUGACUUGCCAAUAACUUUGAAAACCAACCCCAUUUAUAUUGAACGAAUCCCUUUGGGUGUUGUUUUAAUUAUUUCCCCGUUUAAUUACCCAUUCUUUUUAUCUUUCUCAGCCGUGGUUGGUGCUAUUGCCGGGGGAAAUGCCGUUGUCCUAAAGCAAUCUGAAUUAACUCCAAAUUUCAGUAGACUAUUUUCGGAAAUUUUGACAAGGGCUUUAGAUGGUGAUUGCUUUUUGGCAGUUAAUGGUGGUGUUCCUGAAACAACUGAAUUGUUGAAUCAGAAAUUCGACAAGAUUAUGUAUACAGGUAAUGGUAUGGUUGGUAGGAUUGUUGCUAAAAAGGCUGCAGAAACUUUGACUCCAGUUAUAUUGGAAUUGGGUGGCAAAUCUCCAGCUUUUAUCUUGGAUGACGUUCAAGAUAAGGAUAUCGAAAUAAUCGCAAGAAGAAUUGCUUGGGGCAGAUUUACAAAUGCUGGUCAAACAUGUGUUGCUGUUGAUUACGUAUUGGUGCCAACAAAGUUGCAUGCCAAAUUCAUUACUGCUUUAAAGAAAGUUUUGAAUGAAGAGUUUUACCCUGGCUUGACUAAAGAUGAUCCUAAUUUUACUCACAUCAUCCACGAACGCGCUUUCAACAACUUGUCAAAGAUGAUUGCUAGCUCUGAUGGUGAUAUCAUUGUUGGAGGUGAAACCGAAACCGAUGCUGCUUCUAGAUUCAUUCCGCCUACUGUUAUCGACAAUGUUAAAUGGUCAGAUUCAACAAUGCAACAAGAAAUUUUUGGUCCAAUCUUGCCAAUAAUCAAGUAUGAUUCAUUGUCUGAUGCAAUUUCUGAGGUUGUUACACAACACGAUACUCCAUUAGCGCAGUACGUUUUUACAAGUGGUUCGGCUUCACCAAGAUACAAUAAACAGUUGAAACAAGUUCUUACAAAUGUUAGAUCGGGAGGUGUUAUUGUCAAUGAUGUAUUGAUGCACGUUGCGUUGAUCAAUGCACCAUUUGGUGGUAUUGGAGAAUCGGGGUACGGAUCAUACCAUGGAAUAUUCUCUUUCCGUCAUUUUACUCAUGAGAGAACAACAAUGGAACAGAAAUUAUGGAACGAUUUUAUGGUCAAGGCAAGAUACCCUCCUCAUUGUGAAGGCAAAGAUAGAUUAAUCAAGACUUCCCAAGAAAGUUAUGGUGGAAAGGUAUGGUUUGAUCGUUAUGGAAACGUUCCAAUUAAUGGACCAGGUAUAUUCUUCAGUACUUGGAACACGGCUGCUGGUUUAUGCAAUUUGAUUUAUGAAUUUGCAACUAAAAAGUUUUAA